AUGGCACAGCUGAAGGCCCUGCACUGGAAGGGGACUUGGCUUCGGCGGGCGAUAUGUCAUGGAAGAGAUGUCAUGGAAGCCUACGUCUCGGACGUGGAGUCGUGCGGGAGGAGGCUCCGCCUCGCCGCUGUGGAGACCGAGACUUCCGCACUUGUGCGCGAUGCCAUGGCUGCAGAGCAGCUGCUUGAUCUGGCCCAGCGCCUGUCACGAGAGCUCACAGAGGCGAACACGCGUCUCUCCGAGGAGCGCACGCGUCUCUCCAAGUUGCUGAUGCCGUGGGAGACCUGCGAUCCUGUGUGCAGCUUUAUUCCCGAGUGCCAUGUUUGGACGCCCUGCGCAGCGAGACAUGAUGCAAGCCUUCCUGGCAAGCUGAUGGCGCUUCAUGACGAGUUUGUGCCGGAUCUGGGACCGCAGGCAGGUGUUUCUUGCAGUCGGCAUGCACACUGUGCUCGCCAGCUUCUUGCAGCCGCUCUGUGA